CGUCUCGGACGCCUGGGCCCCUCCGGGGUCGGAGCGCCGCCGCCGCCGCCGCCCCGGACGCCUGGGCCCCCCCUGCUGCUUCCCGGGCCGGGACCAUGGCGGUGCCGGGCUGGAAGCGGGAGCUGCUGGAGCGGCGGCGGCGGGAGGAGGAGGCGGCGCGGCGCCGGGAGCGGGAGCAGCGCGACCGAGCCGCCCAGAUGCCGGCCUGGAAGCGGGAGCUGCUGGAAAGACGCCGGGCCAAAGCCGGAACCGGCGCAACCGAACCGCGACAGUCGGCAGAACAGUCGGAACCGCCGGAGCGGCGCCGGGGCGGGUUGGCGCCGGGGCUGAGCCGCAGCGUGGAGACGCUGGAGAGCUGCGGGGAGGCGGAGGCGGCGCGGGGCCGCGUCAGCCGCCUGCUCAGCCGCUUCUCCGGGCGCCCGCCGCCGCGUUCGCUCAGCACCGAGGUUCUCCCCGAGGGUCCCCGGCCCCCUGGCCCGGGCCGCCCCCGGGCUCGCCGCCGCCCCGGCGAGGGUCUGGGGGACGCCGAGGACCGGGGGGGCGCGGACGAGGACUUGGGGGUCACUGAGGACCGGGAAAUGGUCAAGGACUUGGUGGCCACCAAGGACCGUGCGAUGGUUGAUGACCUGGGGGUCACCAAGGGCCAAGGGACGGUCGAGGACUUGGUGGUCACCAAGGGCCGUGGGGUGGUGGAGCACCUGGGGGCCACCAAGGGCCAAGGGACGGUCGAGGACUUGGUGGUCACCAAGGGCCGUGGGGUGAUGGAGCACCUGGGGGCCACCAAGGGCCAAGGGACAGUCGAGGACUUGGUGGCCCCCAAGAGCCGUGGGGUGAUGGAGCACCUGGGGGCCACCAAGGGCCAAGGGACGGUCGAGGACUUGGUGGCCACCAAGGACCGUGCGAUGGUUGAUGACCUGGGGGCCACCAAGGGCCAAGGGACGGUCGAGGACUUGGUGGUCACCAAGGGCCGUGGGGUGAUGGAGCACCUGGGGGCCACCAAGGGCCAAGGGACAGUCGAGGACUUGGUGGCCCCCAAGAGCCGUGGGGUGAUGGAGCACCUGGGGGCCACCAAGGGCCAAGGGACGGUCGAGGACUUGGUGGCCCCCAAGAGCCAGGGAAUGGCCAAGGACUUGGUGGCCCCCAAGGACCGUGCGAUGGUUGAGAACCUGGUGGCCGCCAAGAACCAGGGGAUGGUUGAGGACUUGGCGGUCACCAAGAGCCAGGGGAUGGUCAAGGACUUGGUGGCCGCCAAGAACCAGGCGAUGGUUGAGAACAUGGUGGUCCCCAAGAACCGGGGGACAGUUGAGGACUUGGUGGUCACCAAGAACCAGGCGAUGGUUGAGAACCUGGGGGCCACCAAGAACCAGGGGACGGUUGAGGACUUGGUGGCCACCAAGAACCAGGGGACGGUUGAGGACCUGGUGGUCACCAAAAGCUGGGGGGCAAGCAAGGACCUGGUGGUCACCAAGGGCCAUGGGACAGCUGAGGACCUGGCGGCCACCAAGGGCCGGGGGAUGGUCGAGGAUUUGGUGGCUACCGAGAACCAGGGAAUAGUUGAGGACUUGGGGGCCACCAAGGGCCAUGGGGCAGCUGAGGACUUGGGGACCCCCAAGGGCUGCGGGACGGUCAAGGGCCGUGGGGCAGUCGAGGACUUGGUGGCUGCCAAGGGCCGGGCAACGGCCGAGGGCCGUGGGGUGGUCGAGGGUCCGGGGACGGUCAGGAGCUGGAAGAGCUUGGAGGGCCGUGGGGCGGCCGAGGGGUUGGGGACAACCAGGAGCUGGAAGAGCUUGGAGGGCCGUGGGGCGGCCACAGGGCCGGGGACGGUCGAGGGCCGGGGAAUGGCCGAGGGCCGUGGGUCAGCGGUGACCCUGGGGACGGCCGAGAGCCAUGGGUCAACGGUGACCCCGGAGACGGCCAAGAGCUGUGGGUCAACCACAAUCCUGGAGACGGUUGAGGGCCGUGGGUCAACGGUGACCCCAGGGGUGGCCGAGAGCCGUGGGUCAACAGUGACCCCAGGGACGGCCAAGAGCUGUGGGUCAACCACAACCCUGGAGAUGGCCGAGGGCUGUGGGUCAACGGUGACCCCAGGGGUGGCCAAGAGCCGUGGGUCAAUGGUGACCCCAGGGAUGGCCGAGAGCCGUGGGUCAACCACAACCCUGGAGAUGGUUGAGGGCCGUGGGUCAACGGUGACCCCAGGGACGGCCGAGAGCCGUGGGUCAACCACGACCCUAGAGAUGGUUGAGGGCCGUGGGUCAACGGUGACCCCAGGGGUGGCCAAGAGCCGUGGGUCAAUGGUGACCCCAGGGACGGCCGAGAGCCGUGGGUCAACCACAACCCUGGAGAUGGUUGAGGGCCGUGGGUCAACGGUGACCCCAGGGACGGCCGAGAGCCGUGGGUCAACCACGACCCUAGAGAUGGUUGAGGGCCGUGGGUCAAUGGUGACCCCAGGGAUGGCUGAGAGCCGUGGGUCAACCAUGACCCCGGAGACGGUUGAGAGCCGUGGGUCAACCACGCCCCCGGCGGCGGCCAUGACGCCGGGGCGGCGGGAGGAGGCGGGGGCGGGCGCAGGCCCCUCCCGCGGCCCCGGGGCGGCGCCGGGGGGCGGCGGCGGCAUCGGCACCGGCGCGGCGGCGGCCAUGAUGCGUGGGGCGCCCCGCCGCGAGGCCGGCCCCCCGGCGGCCCCCACCCACCCGGCGCUGCAGCGGCGCAGCGGGAACACCAUCACGGUGCGCCCGCGCCGGGCGGUGGCCAACGGCCUCGACGGCGGCUCCGGCGCGCCGCCCCCCACCGCCCCCGCCCCCCCGCCGGGGCCCCCCAAGAAGCGCUACCCCACGGCCGAGGAGAUCCAGGUCAUCGGCGGUUACCUGGCCCUGCCCCGCUCCUGCCUGGCCAAGAACGACCCCCACCGCAAGAAGCUGAAGAUCUGGUUCAGCGAGCGGGACCUGGAGCGCACGUUCUCCUACCCGUCGGAGGGGGCGGCGCUGGCGGCCUGGGGCCCCCCCGAGGAGCCGCCCCCCCCCGCGCCCCCCCCGGCGCCCGACGACGAGGACGAGGACGAGGACGACGACGACGCCGAGACCCCCCCGGGCCGGGGGCUCCCGGGGGGGCUGCGCGCCCGCGCCCUGCUCGUCGAUGAGUCCUGCCGGCGGUAACCCCGGCGCCCGCCCCGGGGCUGGGACCCCCCCCCCCCCGCCGCCGCCCCCCCCCCCGCCGGCGAAGGGGGGGACGGACGGACGGACGGAUGGACAGACGGACCUGACCCCCCCCCCUCCCCGCCCCCCGGCGGGGCAGGACGGGGCCGGACACACGGACGAUUCCCAGGAGGGGACACGAGGACUCAGCCCCCCCCCUCCCCCGCCAUGGGUCCAUUCUGCCCCCCCCCCCGGGAGCACAUGGGGGGGGAUUUUGGGGGGGUCUCGGGGGGGUCUCCGUGGGGGGGGGGGGCGCGGAGCUUUGCCCUCGCCCCGCCCGUUUUGUAGCUUUUUCUAGCAGCGCUGGGGGGGGGGGGGCAAUUUUCCUUAACGAGGAUUUUUUUAGCCCAAUUAAGGGUCCCCCCCCCUUCCUUUUUUGUUACUUUUUUAGCUGGGGGGGGGGGCAAAUCCGUCAGUAUUGGGCCGGCUGCGGCCGUCCCAGUUAGGAACUGGGAUGGGCCCAGUUGCAGCUGGGGGGGGGGGGCACAGCCAAGGCAGUAU